GGAGCGCGGCCGUGCAGGGGCUGCGGUGCCGGGGCUAUGGGCAGCGUGCGCUGGGCCUUCCCCUGCGGCGCCUGGCGACCCCGCCGCCGGGAGUGGCUGCUGGCCGCGCAGCUGGUGCAGCCCGAGGAGAAGGACCGCAUCGGCCAGUUUGUCUUUGCCCGCGAUGCCAAAGCCGCCUUGGCUGGUCGCCUGCUGAUGCGGAAAUUAAUUGCAGAAGAGCUGUGCAUACCUUGGAAUGAAGUACAGUUGCAAAGGACAUCAAAAGGAAAACCUUUCCUGGCCAAUAACUUACUCAGUAUCAAUUCAAAUUACAACUUCAAUAUCUCUCAUCAAGGUGAUUAUGCAGUCCUUGCAGCUGAGCCUGAGCUUCAAGUUGGCAUUGAUAUUAUGAAGACUAAUUUACCAGGUAGUAGCUCAAUUCCAAAUUUCUUUCACAUAAUGAAGCGACAGUUUACUGAAGCAGAGUGGGAUGUAAUCAAGUCUAUGAGUAAUGAAUGGAUGCAGCUGGAUAUGUUUUAUCGGCACUGGGCCUUAAAGGAAAGCUUCUUAAAGGCUAUUGGAGUUGGAAUUGGCUUUAACUUGCAACGAAUUGAAUUUAAUGUGUCUCCAUUGCAACUGGAAAUAGGGAAGGUGUAUAAGGAGACAAAAAUGCUUCUAGAUGGAGAAAAAGAAGAGGAGUGGACAUUUGAGGAAACGCGCUUGGAUGACCAUCAUCAUGUUGCAGUGGCGCUUGGGAAACAGGAGGGAUUUGUACAGAAUAAUUCUGAUGUACAGUCCAUGGAGCCUAACCAACCACAAUUUACAGUAUUGACUUUUGAAGAUUUAGUUGCAUCUGGUAUUCCAAUCGCACCUGAGGAUUCUGCAUAUUGGGACAAUUUUUGUUCAAAGCAGGAGAGUCCAGUGAAACAGAGUUCACAUUCAAGAUAAGACUGUGUAUAAGAAAAAGAAACUUGUCAAAGUUCUUACACUGUUCUUCUGCUUAAUUUGAAGUAUGGGAAUAAGUGCACAUAUGUAAAUGAAACAUAUUUUUCCUUAUUUGAGCUGACAACCUGAUUUUCACAUUUUCAAAAUUGAUGCUUCAUCAGAAUUAAAAAGAAGACACUGAAAGAAUUCUGAACAAAAAGCCUAAACCAGCAUGCUUUGUUGCAAUACUUGCCUGUGGUUCUUACACUUCAGUAAUUAUCCAUGCUAGGAACAGAAAGCAGUUGUACAAUAAUGUUGUUUAUUAGUCGACAAGUGUUUAGUAUAUAAAAAUGUGUUUCCAUACUUAUUUAUGCUGAAGCUUGAAUUAUGAUACUGCUUUUUCUAUUUAUAAAUUAUUCAUUUAUUCUCAGAUGGACAAAUAAAUCCAGGAAAAUUGGUACAAAUUCUUGUGCUGUUAGUGUGUGGUGUGAGUGUUUGUGCAACACUUGGUGUUUGUGUAAUGCCAGGCUGAAAAGGUCUGAGUCUUAGCAGUCUGGGAGCUACAUCUGUGCAAAAAUAGUUUGAGACAGGGAAUUAACUUACAAAUAUUUAUAGUCUUUUCACUUCUUAUCUUUGUUAAUUAAAGUUUCCUGCAACUUAGUAUUCUUCUUUUAACAGUUCUUUUUUGUAUUUUUUCCCUCAGCAACAGAUACAAGCCAAGCAGCAGUUAAAUUUUCCUAGGCUUGGAUUUGCAUCAGUCGUGGAGGGAAACCCAAAGAAAAAAAGAAAGCUAUUUACUCUUUUUCCAAAUAGUCUUGUAACAUCUGAUGACAGAAUAUUUUACUGUCCUGACAGUGAAGGAAGGUUUACGGAGAUCUGUAGAUCUUGAGUGCACAUCCAGAAUAUUUUGUCUUCUUUUUCAAAACAAAUCCUGUUUUGUGCCAUUACCUCUCACUCUUCUUUUGAGAAAUCAUAGACACAAUGUGGUCCAUCUAAAUUUAAGAAAACAUACUGAACAGAAUGAUUUUUCACAAAAAGAGUUAAUUUCUGUCCUACUGUUAAAUAUAGAUCUUCAUUGAAUUUGAGGUUGUGUACAACUAGGCUGCACCCUGUAGUCUGGUGAACACCAUGUAGAGGAGAAUCUACUUGUAGAGUAACCACUGAAUCCAUGCCUUAUUACAAAGAUGAAGAAAAGUUUGAGAGAGAGGAUGAGGUUUACAAUUAUUAUACAAGCUUUUGGAGUCUGCUGUAGAUAAUUCUGAAUUCAAACAUGCUGUUAAACUCUCCUACUUCCAGUGCUGAUUAAUAUUUUUGUUUCCAUUUCCAUGACUCUCUCAUCCUGCAUGCUAAUUGUAAUUUUUGGCAUUUUCCUUUUUUUUCCUCUCUCCAAAACUACAAAUCAGUGAAGCAAUGACUUUUCCUUCCAGACUCCACAGGGGUUAAAUUAGAUGUUCGGUAACUUCAAAUCUGAAGUUAAAAGAAAUACAGAGUAUUUUAUAUACAAAUUCUAAGUUAUGUAUUCAAGAUUGUCUUUUAUAAAAAUGAAAUUCAACUUGAAAUAAAUAAUUUGCAAUUCACAGAGGUCCAGUACAUGCCAAUCAGUCACUGGACCCAUUAAUUGCAGCUUUGCCAGUCAAUUUGAAGUUACCAACUUUUUUGCUAGGACGAUGAACUGAGCUACAAAUAUGGGGUGAGCUGAAUAAAGAAAUUUCCGAUCUAGAUUUUGGGGGAUGAGAGAAUUGAUUUCAUAUUAGAGAUUACUUAUUUUUGCAUGGAAGCAGUGUCUCAAACCAGAAAUUUUCUUUCAUUGGAAAGAGUUUUAAAAGUAUUUAUGAAAUUAUUUCUAAUAUUGUGCUUGCAUGUAAGUAGAGGACAAGCCAGUUUUGUUAAAUUAUAAAAUGGCGCUUGGUUUUCUUGCUAGGAAUAUGAUAGUUUUCAAGAGUAUGUCUAAUUAGAAAGACCUGUAAGAGUUUAUUUUGGUUAGUUUUCCAUGAAAUAAAAUCAUACUUUAGCGUGGUUCAUACAGAAUUGUCUAAAAGACUGCAGUUUCUCACUCUGUGAUUUUUUCCACGCUUUUUAAUUUAUACUGAACUAUUUGAAAAAUAAGAUUAAUCUCCUUUUUAAUCUUCAUAGCAGUAAGGUUAGGUGAUGGUAAUGCCUUGUGAAGAGCCACUUGAGUCAGGUUGUUUCAUGUCAGUGCAAAUGGACAGAAUGUUACACUUGCUUUUACCUCAGUGGGAAAGAGCAGCUGGAUUGGUUAUGGAAUUUUCAGCUAAAAGCAUGCUGCUAAAAGGCCAGCAGGACGUUCUGACUCCUUAUGAAUGUGAAUGAUCCUUCUUAAAGUCAGAAGAAAGUUUUUCGGGGUAUCUGUGUUGUGGAGGCACAUACUGAAAUAAGUGCUGCUAGUGUGUACAAAUAGACUAAUGUAAUUUCACAGUUCUAAGACUAAUUUAUUUUUUAAUUCACCAUCACACCUUUUGCUGAUAAAAAGAUAAUUGAGCCCUUUAUCCACACAUGGCUAUAACACUGACUUACUUGCAUUUCCACGGAACACAGUCCUAAUGGCCAGAGAGUCCCUCUGCCAUUUUAGAACAGCUCCAGCUUUCCUCACCAAGUCAAGUGGUCAGCCCAGUCCAGGGCAGGUGAGCUGACCUUUGCUGUCUCCCAUCGUCAUUCUGUCUGCAAGAAAUAUUCCAGUUACAUCCAGAAGCCUCAGGGCCUUUAUUUCCUUCUCCAGGCCCCAUUCCUUCAUCUGUUUUGUUUUCUAGAUACUUCCACAUGAGCCUUUCCCAGCAGUGGCUGCAGCUGGGUAGACUUUUUCCCUAUGGAACAGGAUUGACCAGCCCCCCUGUUUCUCAAAUUCUCAGAUUUAGGUCUUAGAUCAGAUCUGCUGUCCUAGGUGACAUAUCAACACAGCGUUUCGAAAAAGUAUUUAUUAACAGUCUCUGAGCAAAGAAUAAAUUUUAAAAGUUUUGGUUUUCAGUAAAAAGACUGUCAGAAGUGAGUAGAUAUGUUUUAGUUUGGACUUGUUCAGAACAUUUUGUGUCUUAGAUCAAAAAUGCUUAAAUGGAUUAGGAACUUCAGGGGGUAAAACUGUGUUUAAGACAGUUUGCACCUGUGUGACAAGAGGCAGGUGCCAUCUAAUACGAAAAUCUGUAACUUUGAAAAAGGGAUCAUGUGAGUUCACUCAGCCUUUUACAGAGUCUGUAAACUUACACAAGAUGUAGAUUGUUACUAUCUUAUGGGAUCAAGUCCGCUGAUGUUAAUCAAGUAUGCUUAGCUUAGACAAGAAAUCAGAGAUGUAGCAACAGAAGUAGUGUAUAUAUGGUUGUUAGACAUAUGCUCUUGGAAACAUCCAGGAAACAGCUCAACUUAAACAGCCGUCUUUACCCAAGACACUGCAAUAAGGCGAUGAUUUGCAAAAAAGUUGGACAGAUGGUUAUGCAAGUCAGCAUAGGCUGCCUUUUGUCGGAGCUUUACAAGAGUGCAACGUUCUACAAAGCACAUAAGUAGUUCUUGGCAGAAUUGAUACAACCACAUCUAAAACAGCAAUUGAGACUGUCAGCCUUAACUGCUGCCUGAUUCUGCAGGUGUUUGAACGUUCUAAUACGUGCUUCAUUAUCCUCCAGAAUAGGGUUAGUUUGGAUUACUUCAUUCUUUGUAGAAAACAUAAGCAUGAAAAUAAAUUCUGAAUUUUCAAGAGAGACAACAUUUUAAAAGUGUUUUAUUUUUUUCAAAAAGUCACCUUUUGUAAUACGUUAUUUUCUUGAGCUGUACAUGCAGUUUUUUAUGGCCAGACACUAUAUAUAAAUCCUGUUUCUUCUAAGAUUGGGUAUAAUUUCUUUACUGCAAUAAAACAUGGACUAUUUUG